UAGGCCUUUGUGUUUUUCCUCUACAGAACCCAUUUACAGAUAACUCAGAGUUGCAACAGAGGACGGCUCGCAUGCUGACUUUAAAUACAUGGGAUGUGGCUGUUGCACUCACCAACUUUGACUGGACAAUUUUCAACUCGAUGCACGAGCAGGAACUGAUCUACUUCACCUUCAACCGCCAUGUUUGCAGUAGCUACACGAUGCCAUUAGAGAUGCUGCUGCAGCAAUGCAACGAAGUCCAGCUGUGGGUCAUGACUGAGGUGCUGCUGUGUCCAACGCUCUGCAAAAGGGUCCAGCUCAUCAAGAAGUUCAUCAAGAUUGCUGCUCACUGUAAAGCACAGAGGAACCUCAACAGCUUCUUUGCCAUUAUUAUGGGCCUGAAUGCUGGUGCUGUAAGCCGCCUCAGUCAGACGUGGGAGAAAAUUCCUGGUAAAUUUAAGAAGCUGUUUUCCGAGCUGGAGACGGUCACCGAUCCCUCACUGAACCACAAGGCAUACAGGGACUCCUUCAAGAAGAUGAAGUCCCCCAAGAUCCCGUUUCUUCCUUUACUCUUGAAAGACAUCACAUUCAUUCAUGAAGGCAACAAAACAUUUCACGAUAAUCUGGUCAAUUUUGAGAAGUUGCACAUGAUAGCAGACAUGGCGAGACUCAUCCGAGAGUGUCAGCAAGACCACGUGGGAAAUGGAAUUGCCCAGAAGAGCAGCUCAGAGGUUCGAGCCUACACCGAUUACCUUCAUGUCAUCGACAAUCAGCAGACUCUGUUCGAACUGUCACACAGACUGGAGCCUCGUGCAUAGAUGGGAGCUUUUUCUAUUCUUCCCACUCUGCGGAAUUGCCAAGGAUCAACCGAUCACUGUCUCAGCUCGUAGUGCCCAAGACUGGGGUCAGCAAUCCUGGGAGGUAUGCACGUUUCUGACUCAAACACACAAGAUGGAGUAACUCAAUCAGGAGGCUGUCACCAGAGACCUAAACAAGCGGUGAAAGACACACAUGAGGAAGGCCGCAGAAACUGUUUGGAUCCACUACCUACGUGACCGAUUUCGUUCAACUAUUACUCAACGGGAAAGCUGCAGCGCCAGCCUGCUGAACUGCAACAACAGCAGAAGCCUUGAGUGGCAGCCAUUUAUCAAGACGUCUUUAUGGGGCCCAGAGCUGCUGCUGUUUUUAUGAAGACCUGCAGAUGGCAGAAGUUAGCAAGGGAAAUUUUUCUUUUUCAGUGGCACACUGCAACAAAUACUUCCAGUUGAUUAAUACUGCUCUGCUCUCAAGUGACUUUAAAUUGCAUUAAUGCUCAUGAUUCAUCUUUCAUACCCCAACAAAAUCAAUGAAAACUUUACAUACAGUGCUAAAAAUAAAAAAAGGAUAUUUCUGCAUAUUUCUCAGGAUUAAAGGGGACCUAUUAUGUUUCCUAUUAAAAGGAGUUAGAAUAGGUCGAUGGGCUGUAAAAUAACAUGUUCAUAAAAUUUCUUUCUCAAAAUCACAGGAAAAUGAGACUACACCCCCUCUGUUCUGCCUGUUAUGAGCUCCUUUAAGAAUGAUCUGGUUAAGGCUGGAUUUUCUUUUUUUUUUUUCAGUGUGUCUUGAACAAAAAAUGUCUUUUUGUUCAAGACAUUUUUCUUGAACAAAAAUGUCUAAAAACUUUGGAUAAUAGUUCCCCUUUAGCAUUUAUUUAGAACCAACGCUAAAAUUAAAAGUUAAAAAAGUUUGGAAAGGAAAAAUCCCCUGGAGCUCACAAUCAGUGAAAUCAAGAGAUCUCAAUCAAAGAAGAGAAGAAAAAAGCCGACAAACUAAAUCAACAAACUGUGACUAAGUUUUAGGUCAAGUGAACUGAAGGUCCAACUUUUAUUUUACCUGAAUACAAUCUAUUAAUAUUUAGAGUUGCUCAGUGUCUCAGGAGAAAGUAGCUUCAAAGCUAUUGUUGUACCCAUUUUAAUCUUUGGGAGGAACAAAACAAGGAGGUAGACCCAAGGUUUGAAACCAGCCUUGAUUCAUCUCCUGUUAGCACAAGAACAGGAAGAAGCGCCUUACUUGGUCCUUCCUGGAUCUCUGCGAGUGUGUGGUUUCAACACCGUUUCUCGGCUUACCUGACAAGAGAUCUAACGCACAAAUACAGUACUUGUUAAAAGACCCUACAAGACCACCUUUCCAAAGUGUUGUGAGGACAAACCACAUUACAGCAAAACAUUCACAUGAAAGCAUAGGCUUUUACUUAGUGAACAAUGACAAGAAAAAGCAGUUGACAAAACCAAAUCUCCCAAAAGGUAUACAAGACCUCUCUGACUCUGCUUGAUUCAUUGUAAGGUUUGGUCACAGUCUUGGGACUCCACUUCCCCAGAUCAUGAAGGGUAAAGAGUCAUCUCCAGGAACAUGAGAGCUAAAUAAACUAACAGUUGAUUUAAAAAAAGUGGAUUCUUAUAUAUAUAUAUAUAUAUAUACAUUUUUUUUUCUAAAAAGCAGUCCUUUAUACUGACAGAGCGAACUUAUCAAAACUUCUGUUAUAUUAAAUCAUGACUGAGGAUGUUUUCACCUGACUAUUUUUCUACAACAUGUAAUCAUUCUGUUGAAUAAAAAGAGACAGCAAUUAUUGUUUAAAAUGAGAGCUAACCAUGAUUCCCCCCCCCCGUCAAAUGUUUUAAACUGGCAAGAUUUGUGAGAGACUUUGACAUGUACAGGCAUUUAGAAAUGUUUUUUUUUUUACCAUCCCAAAAUCUAUAUUGUAAAAAUUUAGAGAUGACUUACAGGGCGUAAGAGGUUAUCUUGAACAGACCUAAAGUCCAGUGCAGACUUUUAAAGCGACCUGAAGAAAUGCAAUGCAAUAUUAAUUUGCAUAGCACAUUUUAGCAAAAAGGCAAUUCAAGGUUCUUUGCUUGAUGAAAACAACUACUAAGAAACAUUUAAUUAUCUUCAAUGUCUUCAAGAUCAUCCAAAUCCUCACGAUAAAAUGUCCUGAGUAAAGAUUAAAAUUAAGCUGUAUUCCAGUUGUUGAUCAAUAGACUUAACUAUUAAAGCAGCACUCUAAUAGUUCUCUCAAAGUUAAAUAUAAAAUACAGCAUAAAGUUUAAAUGCAGCAGAAUAAAAUAGUUCCUGUGAUAAGUGCUAUUCACUAAAUCUGUUUUAAAAAUUAGUUUUAGAUGCUUUUAGCACCUAAUAAAUGUUUGAUGAGUUGGCUAAAGAUUAGGACAGACAGCAAGUUCCUCACACAUAGGGCCGUUUGCAAACACAACAAUCUAUUCUUGUAGUGAAAUAUUGCUACAGGAGAAAAGCUGUCCAGUUAACACACACAAAGAUGUCUGGUUGAGAUUGUAGAUGUUAUAACAAUGAUUGUUGAAUAUGUCAUUUUAAUAUUCCAGUUGUACAUUUUUUCAGUGCAUCAUUUUUCCUUGCAGUACUUUUGUUAUUGACGAGUUCCAUUUAUCAGAGAAAGCUUUACUCAGUGCAGGCUGUACUAGUGUAGGAAGCUCAAGAAUGUGAAGUAUUCUGUAUUUUGCUAUGUAGCUGCAUUUUACUGCUCUGGAAAAAAAAAAAAAA